GCGGAUGCCUUCACCUGGGCUCUCCAUCAGUGAGUGAGGCGAGGCGCAGAGGAGGAGAGGCGGUCGGGUCUGGAGAACUACCUCUGGAUGGUUAAAAGAGAAAAAAAAACAAGCGAAAAACCCCAACUCUGCAAUUCUCUGCUCCCCACAGGCUCAGCACCGUAAGGGACUGCUAUAUUUGAGGCUGUCAGGAGAAUGGGAGAGAGAGACUGAGAGUCAGGGCGAGAGAGAGCCGGUGCCACAGCAGCGGAACUUUCAUUUUGACAAAAUAUGUGAUUUCUUGGUAACAUUGAGAUUUCUACUUAUAUAUUUUGUUUGGCUAAGCUUUAAUGAAGAAACGUCAACAUUGCUAACAACCACACAAAGAGGGACCUUUACGACCAAGGAUGUGGUUGUCAUGGAAACUGUUUCUGUUUCUGUCACUCACUGGCUGUCUUUCAGAAUAUUCAGAAGCUGUUCCUGGUCUGCCCACUUCAUAUGCUGCUAUACUAAGACUCAAAUCUGGUAGUUCAUCUUUACCCUCAUUUAAUUCAAAGAACAGACCACGAUUAAGCAGUCCUUCAAUAGGAAGUGUAUCUUCACCAGCCUGGAGAGGAGCUGCACAACAUUAUCACUCCCCAACAAAUCUCUACCACUUUUCAGAGGCCUCCAAACGUGAUGAAAGUGUUGAUUAUGGGCCAGUGUUUGUACAAGAGCCAGGUGACGUGAUUUUUCCAACUGAUUCUGAGGAGAAGAAAGUAUUUCUGAAUUGUCAAGCUCGUGGAAAUCCUACUCCCACAUACAGAUGGCUUCGAAAUGGAACUGAAAUUGACAUUGAAAGUGAUUAUCGCUACAGUUUAAUAGAAGGAAGUCUGAUGAUCAAUAACCCCAGUGAAAUGAAGGAUUCUGGACAGUAUCAGUGUUUAACCACCAACAUGUUUGGCAGUAUUUUAAGCAGAGAAGCUGUUCUACAGUUUGCAUAUCUGGGGAAUUUUAGCGGCCGGACAAGAAGUGCUGUCUCUGUACGUGAAGGUCAAGGAGUUGUUCUGAUGUGCUCCCCUCCACUUCAUUCACCAGAGAUCAUCUAUAGCUGGGUAUUUAAUGAAUUCCCAUCUUUUGUGACAGAAGACAGCAGACGCUUCAUCUCUCAGGAGACAGGCAAUCUCUACAUCUCCAAGGUGCAAACAUCUGAUGUUGGCAGUUAUAUAUGCCUGGUAAAAAACACAGUGACAAAUGCCAGAGUUUUGAGUCCUCCUACACCUCUGACACUGAGAAAUGAUGGUGUGAUGGGGGAGUAUGAACCAAAAAUUGAAGUCCAUUUUCCUUACACAGUUACAGCUGCAAGGGGAACUACUGUUAAGAUGGAGUGUUUUGCACUUGGCAACCCUGUUCCAACAAUCUCUUGGAAGAAAGUUAAUGGUCAUAAUCCAAGUAAAGCCCGCCUGAGAAAAUCCCAAGCUGUGCUUGAAAUACCUAAUGUGCAGCUAGAGGAUGCGGGAAUGUAUGAAUGUAAGGCUGAAAACUCUCGUGGAAGAAAUGUCUUCAGAGGACAGCUACAAGUGUACACCUACCCACAUUGGGUGGAGAAACUUAACGAUACUCAAUUAGACAGUGGAGAUCAGCUUCGAUGGGAAUGUAAAGCCACUGGAAAGCCAAGGCCCACAUAUCAGUGGCUGAAAAAUGGAGUUCCUCUCUGGCCACAGAACAGGAUUGAGAUGGUUAAUGGUGUUCUGGUGAUCCACAGUGUGAAUGUCUCAGAUGCUGGAAUGUAUCAGUGCUUAGCAGAAAAUAAGUAUGGUACCAUUUAUGCCAGUGCUGAGCUGAAGAUUUUAGCUUCAGCUCCCACUUUCCCACUCAAUCAAAUGAGGAAAACAAUAAUUAUUACCAAGGGCCAAGAAGUUCUCAUUGAGUGCAAGCCACAAGCCUCUCCAAAGCCAACUAUCACUUGGAAGAAAGGAGACAAAGCAAUAAGGGAGAGUAAGAGAAUAACUAUACUUCCACAUGGGAGCCUGCGAAUACUUAACGCUUCAAAGUCUGAUGAAGGUCGGUACUCAUGUCAAGGUGUAAAUGUAUUUGGAUCUGCAGAAAUCAUUGCAUCAGUAUCUGUUAAAGAACCUACAAGAAUAGAGCUGACUCCCAAGAAGAUAGAGUUAACGGUUGGAGAAAGCAUUGUCCUCAGUUGCAAAGCCCUUCAUGACAGCACACUAGAUGUCACUUUCUAUUGGACACUCAAUGGGCAGCCAAUUGACUUUGAAAAAGAAGGUGGACACUUUGAAAGCAUCAAGGCACAAGCAUCCUCUGCAGAUUUAAUGAUCAGAAACAUCCUCCUGAUGCAUGCUGGGAGAUACGGCUGCAGGGUUCAGACGACAGCAGACACCGUGUCAGAUGAGACGGAGCUACUUGUUAGGGGUCCUCCUGGUCCCCCAGGGGUUGUAAUAGUGGAGGAAAUUUCAGACACAACAGCAACACUCUCCUGGAGUCCUGGGGCAGACAAUCACAGCCCUAUCUCCCUCUACAACCUGCAAGCACGCAGUCCAUUUUCUCUUGGCUGGCAGACAGUAAAAACAGUUCCAGAUGUGAUAAGUGGUGACAUGGAGUCUGCUAUGGCUGUUGAACUGAACCCUUGGGUGGAGUAUGAGUUCAGAGUUGUAGCAACCAACAAAAUUGGGACUGGAGACCCAAGUACACCAUCACGAGUGAUCAGAACCAAUGAAGCAGUUCCAAAGACACCUCCAGCUAAUGUAAGUGGCAGAAGUGGAAGGCGACAUGAAUUAGUAAUAGCAUGGGAGCCAGUGUCAGAAGAGUUUCAGAAUGGACAAGGAUUUGGAUAUAUUGUAGCCUUCAGACCCAAUGGAACACGUGGCUGGAAGGAAAAAAUGGUGACAUCUUCAGAUGCCUCAAAGUUCAUCUACAGAGAUGAAAGCGUGCCACCUCUGACUCCUUUUGAGGUGAAGGUUGGUGUUUACAACAACAAAGGAGAUGGUCCCUUCAGCCCUAUUGUGGUCAUCUGCUCAGCUGAAGGAGAACCCACUGCUGCUCCCAUCGAUGUCACAGCUACAAGUUUGUCUGUAUCAGAGAUUCUUGUUGCGUGGAAACAUAUUAAAGAAAGUCUAGGAAGACCACAGGGAUUUGAGGUUGGUUACUGGAAGGACAUGGAGCAGGAAGAAGCAGCAGAAAAGGUCAAAACUGAGGGAAAUGAGUCAUCCAUUCUACUGACAGGAUUAGAAGGAAACACAUUAUAUCAUCUAACAGUGAGGGCGUACAAUGCUGCAGGGUAUGGACCACCUAGCACUGCUGUGCAGGCAGCAACCAAGAAGUCCCCUCCCAGCCAAGCACCAGGCAAUGUUAUGUGGAUACAGGAAGGCUCUCAUGUUUCUCUUGGGUGGGAGCCAGUCAAAUCUCUAGCUAAUGAAUCUGAUGUAAAGGGAUAUAAGGUAUUAUUUAGGCAAGAAGGCCAGAGCAACAGUCAAGUUAUAGAAACACAGAAAACCUCUGCAGUGGUGCUUCUUCCCGAUGUUGGUGUCUACAUCAUUGAGGUCUGUGCUGUCAGUGAAGGAGGAGAUGGGACUGCAAGUCCCCAGAUCAGAGUUCCAUCUCUUGCAGGAGGGAAAGUAACAAGUGCUCAAUCCACCUUACAUGUGUUGUCUACUUCCUCAUCCUCGGUAACACUGAUUUUGGCAUUGAUGGUUCCUUCAGCUUCAUGGUGAAGACUGCAGAUUUUGUUGUUGUUGUUAUUUUUUUGCUUUACCUUGAUGACACCAAGGGAUGGAGUUUUAUGUCUGUGGAGUAACUGGAAACCCAAGCUAAUGCUUAAAGACCCAUAGAAAAGCCUGUGGUGCACUUAGAGGAGCGUUGGAGACACGGUCAAUAAUUCAUCAGGUUUUUUUCUCUUCUUUAUUUGUAAAAGUCCUCUGGGGAGGGGACACUUCUUGGCCCAAAAAUAUGCAGAUUGUAUGUAAUAAACUUUUGUAAGCAAAGAUAAUUUCUGUCAAAGGUACUUUACUUUUUUAAUACGCUCUAUUUUGGUGACCCCAGUCAUGUAUCAUUAGUGGUGUCUAGUACAGUACAUCUGUUUGGUUUGGAAAAAAAAACUUUUUAAAACAUAGAACACAGUUUGAUACAGCUUUGUCAAAUACUUUUCUUGCAUCACCUAUGGCUGGUAGUUCCUACUGAUUAGAGAAAAAUAAUAGUUUAGAUACACAGACCACUGCAAAAGUAGAAAGAAUUUGUUGAUUAUCUAUUUAAUAAAAAUUGUGUAUGGUUAUGUAUUUAAUUAAUAAAAAGAAUCUCAAAAAAUACUAGACAGCACACCCAGAAAGUAACAAAAUGGAGCAGAAAAGCCAUUUAUUUUAUUGCAAGAUAAAUGGAAAAUGAUUAAACAGAAACAGUCUGGUUUUUAUCAAAUCCCAUAUGAUUUGAUGUUAAAUGAAUCAAAUAUUUAUUUUCAAUAGCCAAUAAAAAUUCAUAAUGCAUAUGACAAUGAAAACACUGGGAAUUUAAACAUUAGGCUGCUAAGAACACAAAUAAAGCAAUGCAAGGAGAUAAACCUACUUUUUCCAACCGCUUCUCAGUUGUAACUUUUUGUUUUCCUCUGGGUCCAUUUUUAGUAACAUUCUGUGCUUUAUGUAUUUGAUAAUCAAGUUGAAGUAUGUAUGAAAGCAUAUUAUGGAGAGAAUAUUAACAUUGUUUGAAAUGUAAUCAUUCACAUAUAUACAGACUCAAGUAGGAUAUAUAUUGGAGAAUGCUGUGUUCGAAAAAAAUACUUGGCUAAGUGCUACUGGGCAUCAUUCCAGUUAUUUAGCUAAUUGGCUCUAUUUCUGUAGCUCACUAGAUAUUACUCUUGUAGUGACUUUGCGCUGUCAGUUUUAAUCCCCACUUUUUGCUGUACCAAUUUUUCACUUGGUAGACGACAUGGACAAUUUUUCUACAUUGGAAGACCUUUUCACAUAUUGGCACCUGAAUCAAAAUAAUCCCCAGGAUAUGUGGCAUGUGAGUUUGUACAGCUAUGGUGGUGUGCACAGUGUUAUGAGGGAGGGUGUUUUACCACCAUGUAUCUAGAGAUCAUGCCUAGGAUGAACAUUCCCUUGCCUUGGAAAAAGCAAGUCAAAAUUGUUCAACAAGCAUGUCCUAACGGCAUAGUUCUACCGGCUGUCCAUCCCUCCAAAAGUUUUGAAGCAAAUCUAUUUGGGUUGAUGGGUUCUGGGUCUAAAAUUCUCUAACUGUGCCCUUUCUUAGCAGCUUUAAAAUAGUAGCUAAGAAGGCACAACUCAGAUUGAGUGCUUGGUAGGUAAAAAGCUGACUGAUCUUUUUUCUUUUGAGUAUUUUAUCAGUAAAAUUUUUCAGAGAUGGUUCAACUCAAAUCUUUAUUACCCACUAAUAUUUUAAAUAAUUUUCUAAAAAAAAUAGGUUUUAAACUUACUUAAUCACCACAUUGCUAGGAAAACAAAGGCAGGACAAAUAGCUGAGCAAAGACUAUAGAUAGAGACAAAAGGGGACCUUCUGCAUCUCUGCUUCUGGAAAAGCCUUUGAGAUCAAAGAAAGGAACGUGGAAUGUACCUUGAGCAAACUCAUAGAAAAUACCCACCUGCUGUCACUUGUAAAGUAGCAGCACUGCUACUGUGCAAAGAACUUGCAUCAGCAAACCAUGAUUUUUCAAAACGUUAAAAUAAACAAGAAUAAAGUGAUGAACCAAAAAUCAAAAUGGCUAUUUUAUAAAUUAGUUAAGCAUAAUUUCCUCUAUUUUUUAUACAGUUGCUUGCCAAUGCAGUUUAUUUCAGAGUAUUCAAAAAUGUUAGUCACUGAUGGUGGCAUUUUGAUUUAACAGCUUUCUGAAUACAAUAAAUGGCUACGCUUUAUAUGGAGAACAAAAGUCUGAUGAGAUAGAGCUGCAUCUAGACAUAUCUAUCUCGUUCUCUAGUAUCAGGAUACAGAUAGAAAUAUUGAACAUACCAUCAGAUAAUGUAGUUGUAUUACAGGGACAAAAAAGGGGUAUGUUUUAUAUUCAACAUCAACAGAAUCUGUAUUUUGCAUCUUAAAUAUAUUAAUAAACAUGUUUUAAAUGUUUAAGUAUCUAUGUAUUACCUAUCUGUUACUUUGUAGAAGAAGAUUCUUUAUCAUGACAUACCCUUUUUUUAGUUGCAAAGGAAAGCUCUUUCCUUCUUCAUGUAAAAGAUUGUAAUAGUGCAGUCUAGCGUCACUGAGGAGACUGUAUUUUUGUAUAAUUCCACAAGAUCUGUUUGGAAAAAAAUAAUUAGAAAGAAACUUUGUUUCGUAGACUAAAAAAAAACAUAGUGUCAUGGCCCAUAAAAAAAAUGUUAGAUAUAUUGUAUACAAUCUGUAUAUAUGCUAUAUAUAAUGGUAUAUACAAUGUGGAAGACACAGUAAUAUAAUAGUUCCUGUGUACUGUUCUUGUAACAUUAGAUCUUUUUAAUAAAUAAUUCUCUUUUUAUUGACUUUUAUCUUA